CCUGGCUGGCAGCAAAUCCGUGGGUUUGUCUGGGCCCAUUGCAUCAGGGAGAGCUUCUCAAAUACCAGGGGAGAAAACCUCCUGCAGCCAGCGUCUGUCUCCUCCCUGCCUCUUGCCCCACCACCCCGGGAGGAGAAGGAGAAACAGGAGGUGGGAGUCUGAGGGCAGGUGUGUGUGCUGCCCAAAGGUAGCCAGCCAGCGCCCAGAUGAGCAACGAUGAGGAGAGGAUUGAGGACAUUGUGUCGGUCCCAGGGAGGCUGACACCUGUGCUUGCCUUGGCGACACUGAUAGCUGCCUUUGGAUCAUCCUUCCAGUAUGGGUACAACGUGGCCGCUGUCAACUCCCCUGCCGAGCUCAUGAAAGCAUUUUAUAAUGAGACCCACUACAGUAGAUUCAGUGAAUACAUCAGCGAGUUUUCCUUGACGUUGCUGUGGUCCAUUUCUGUGUCCAUGUUUCCCUUUGGAGGCUUCGUCGGAUCCCUCAUGGUUGGCCCCUUGGUGAAUAGACUUGGCAGAAAAGGGACCUUGCUGUUUAACAACAUAUUUUCCAUCGUGCCCGCCAUCUUAAUGGGAACCAGCAAAACUGCCAGGUCGUACGAGAUGAUAAUUUUGUCCAGACUUUUGGUGGGAAUAUGUGCAGGUCUGUCUUCCAACGUUGUCCCUAUGUACUUAGGGGAGCUGUCCCCUAAGAACCUGAGGGGGGCUCUCGGGGUGGUGCCCCAGCUCUUCAUCACCGUUGGCAUCCUUGUGGCCCAGAUCGUUGGUCUUCGGAGUCUCCUUGCAACUGAAGAAGGCUGGCCGAUCCUCCUCGGGUUGACUGCCAUUCCAGCAGCCCUGCAGCUCCUUCUACUGCCCUUCUUCCCCGAGAGCCCCAGGUACCUGCUGAUUCAGAAGAAAGAUGCAGCAGCUGCCAAAAACGCACUGAAGAGGCUGCGCGGCUGGGAUGAUGUGGAUGCCGAGAUGGAGGAGAUCCAGCUGGAGGACGAGGCCGAGAAGGCCGCGGGCAUCAUCUCCGUGCUGACGAUGUUCAGGAUGAGGUCCCUGCGAUGGCAGGUCAUCUCCAUCAUCAUCCUCAUGGGCGGCCAGCAGCUGUCAGGAGUGAAUGCGAUCUACUACUACGCAGACCAGAUCUACCUGAGCGCUGGGGUCAAAGACCAGGAUGUCCAGUACGUGACGGUGGGCACAGGGGCUGUCAACGUGUUGAUGACCAUCUGCGCUGUGUUCGUGGUGGAGUACCUGGGGAGGAGGGCCCUGCUCCUCCUGGGCUUCUCUGUCUGCUUCAUCGCUUGCUGCGUGCUGACCGUCGCUCUGGCUCUGCAGGACAGGGUAUCCUGGAUGCCUUACAUCAGCAUCGUCUGUGUCAUCUGCUACGUCAUAGGACAUGCCCUUGGGCCCAGUCCCAUCCCGGCGCUGCUCAUCACAGAGGUCUUCCUGCAGUCCUCCAGGUCGGCCGCCUACAUGGUGGGGGGCACCGUCCACUGGCUCUCCAACUUUGCUGUAGGCUUGGUCUUCCCCUUCAUUCAAGUGGGCCUCGGAGCUUACAGCUUCAUCAUUUUUGCCGUGAUUUGCCUUCUCACCACCAUCUACAUCUUCCUGAUUGUCCCUGAGACCAAGGGCAAGACAUUCGUGGAGAUCAAUCACAUUUUCACCAAGAUGAAUAAGGUGUCAGACGUGCACCCAGCAAAGGAUGAACUGAAGGACAUCCCCCUCUCUGCCGUGGAGCUGUAGCUUGAGAGGAGGGGCCUGUUAAGCGGUCGGUGUGGAGCUUCCCUCCUGGGCUUUUUUUCUGACUGAAAGUUGUCUAUGAGUAGCCAGCACUAGGCCAAGGCCAGUGUGGAAUGCAGGCCCCAAUGGGACUGUCCGAAAGGCUUCUGUGCGGUUCUGAAAGCCAAGCUGUCUCUGUCCAGAUUGACCCAUCUCCAACCCCAAGUCACAGCGAGCAGCUGUCCCCUAGCUGUGCUGGGUGAGCCACUGUGGGACUCCGGGUAACACCAGCUCUUAUGAUAAGAAUCGUUGGUAGGGUAGUGCGAUGGAAGGAAUACAAUUUUGCCAGAGAAAGAAACUCUUCUUCAAUCCCGAGUCUUCUGGGGGCCACAAGCCUGUGUUCAGAGCAGAAUUCAUUCUCUUGUCAGAUCCACCUCCAGAAACACCAGUCUUGGAAAGUGUGUUGUCACAAGUAAUAAUGUCUAAGAAGCUGGGGAACAGGUCCCUAUGGAGAUUUUAACUGAGUCAGAGAUUAUUGAUCAUAAAUUAUAUUGUUAGGGGACAACAGAAUUGCAUCUGUAUACUCAAUAAAAUGAAU